GCACGAAGGACGUACAUGUGAUUUUAGAAGAUUUCUAAGAAAUGCUGCACACUGAAAUCUUCCAUCUGUUCCAUUGCCAGUGGCAGAGUUCCCAAACUUCCAAAUGCUACUUAUGAGAGCACCACUAACGCGCAUGGCGAAGACGUUGGUCAGCUUUUGAAGGAACCUUUGCGUUCCGGACAGGCACCUCAGCGCCGCAAUGAAAGGCCCGACAAACCCCUUGAAACUAUCAAACAAGCAGCCAACAUUUGAGCACAAUGCUGCGAGGCGCUAGAGCAGUUUGGCGCCCGAGCUGUCAAACACCUCUGCUUCCUCCGUGUUGAGCUUCUGCCAGAAUUAUUCCUUGCGCGUUCAAAUGUACAGCUGGGUAUGAAUGAGGAUACUGAGGAGGCAAUGCACGUAGGUUGACAAUGUUGAGUACGGGCUCAUUGUGCUGCAGCAUCCAUAGAACGACCUCGGCACAGGGGCUUGUUGCUUCUUGGCAGCAAUGCAAUAAAGAGCAUGCAGCAAGCAGACACUUAGUGUCGAACAAAACACACAGAUGGGGUAAAAGUGAUGACUGGUGGCAGAGAGACGUGAAGGCCAAGCAGAAUGAGGCCCGUUUGCGUCAACCAUGGUGCGCUCGACCACUUGCCCAGGAGCGCAAAGGGGCACUUGCAAGAAGCGCGUUCCUUGGGGUCGCUCCCGUCAAGUCCUUCGCCAGACAUCCCAGUCUUGGGAGGCCCCGGAGAACCAAUAAGAGAUGCGCUGGGGGUGCGGCGACGGCAUCCGCAACAAUAGAUAGUUACAGAGCAGAGGAUUUCGAGAUUCUGCAGCCGGUGGGCCGGUUGACAGUUCAGGAGACAUGGACGAUGAGCCGGGAGGAGAUGUUGGCUUCGGAAGACGAGGACAGCGACGAAGAGGACGAGGAGGAUCUGAUCGUAAGCGCGCCUUCAUUCAUCAACGUGUAUGCAGCACGUUUUGCGACCGGCAAGCCGAUGGGGAUGAAGGACGAAAAGGUGUACCUGAAAGAGUAUACCCCUGCAGCCAGGGAACUGGCAAUGCGGGAAAUAAAAGUAUACGAACGGUUGCAAGACACGGGGCUUGGGAACGCCAUCGGAAUGACCGACACGGGGGAGCUACCGGUGCCAAAAUUAGUCGGGCGCUUUGUGGCGGGCGGCCUGGACGCCGCGUGGGGCCCCGACGGCGAGGACGACGAGUUCGACAUCCGGGGGGUGGUCGUGGAGGACCGCAGCGGGCGGCAAUACUACGUGGAGAUGGAGGAGCCGGACGAUAUGAGCAGCGACGAAGAUGACUCUGACAAUGACCACGACGAGGCAGUGCCCGAGCGGCCCAUGAACAUCGACCUAGCGAAGCUGGGCCGGCGGCGGGAGCUGGAGGGCUUCGGGAGCGUGAGCCAGGGGAGCAUGUUCCUGAGCGCAGACGGGAAGGUGACGGACACGUACGAGGAGGGCAACGUCAGCCUGGAGACGGCGGAGGAUGAAGGGGCCAGAUUGUGGCUGGUGUUUGAGUUCGAGGGGAUGUGCACUAUGGAGGAUUUUCCGGGCAUCGAGCAGCCCCCGAAUGUUGUGGACUUCUUCCGACGAGGGGCAGCCCAGGAACGACUCACGCGCUUCGUCAAGGCCGUAAUACGUGGCGCCGUUGAGGCCAUGGCGUUUUGCCACGUCAGAGGCGUGGUCCACAACGCCAUCGCCGGCUCCUGCUUCCUCCUAAGCACCUACGAAGCGAAAGACUGGGACAAAGUACGGGUGAAGCUCUCCAAUUUUGGGUUCGCCUCGGACCUCUCGAUGGGCAUCGAGAGUCUAGACAAGGAGAUUCAAGAAAUGUGCCGGUCGUUGGGGGCCGAUUCGCCCAUGGCCAUCGCAUCCAUGUGUCGUCAGCACGACAUCCGGAUGCUCGGGCUUGCCAUUGCGGAGUUCGUAUUCAGCACUCUAGGCAAGUCGGAAGUGCCGGCAAACGCCGCCUCUAUUCAAAGGCUAUGGGACGGCGUAUACGAGCUCAAUAUCGAAGCGAUUAGAAACUAUUACUUGGAGGAUGAGGACUUCAAGGACGUGGUUGACUUUUUAGACGUGGGGGAAAAAGCGGGGUGGGAGUUGUUGGAAUUGUUGCUCAGUUGGACAGGAACCGAGGCUGAUAGGGUCUUGUCCGAAGCGAGGUUCUUCAACCCCCCUGGAGGAUGGAAGCUUCGGUAGCAUAUUGAAGUCUUUGCGUAGCUGCCUUUAACACUCGAAAAAUCCAUCAAGGUCCUCGAGGACCCGGAAUAUUGCGUUGCUUGCGUUGAGCAUUGAGUCGAUCGAUAGAUCUCCCUUGUUCCGAUAUUGCUCUUCAUCUUUCUCGUCAACCAGAUAUGGACUAUUGGACAAUGCAAGCAGGUCCGACACUGCUAAUCUUCACUUCGCUCGGCUAACCGGCCUUAUACGUUCCAGAAAAUCGCGUUCGAUCGAUUCGAGUCCAAC